GGCGGCGGCGCCGGCCCGGGCCCCGGCGGACCGCCCUACGGUGGCGGGUACCCGGACGUGGAUGGGCCGACCCAGCCUCCUAUGAUGACGUUCAAGGCGUUCCUGGCGUCUCAGGACGACAUGAUCACGGACGACGAGGCCAUCAAGAAGUACACAGAGUACAAACUCGACUUCCGCCGACAGCAGCUGAAUGAGUUCUUCCUGGCGCACAAGGAGGAGGAAUGGUUUAAGGCCAAGUACCACCCAGAGGAGUGCGUCAAGCGGCAGGACGAGCAAGUGAGCAACCUGAAGCGGCGCGUGGACGUGUUCACCGAGCUUCUCAGCACGGCCGGCCAGGUGCGGCUGGACGGCGACCAGGCGGACGCGCUGCUCCGCUUCCUCGACUCGGUCGUCAUCAAGCUGGAGGGUGGCUCCGACUUUGACCUCACCGUGCUCGACCUUCCCGACGACGAGCCGGCUGAGCGGCGCGACGCCAAGCCGUUCGUCCUCGCUGACCAGAACAAGAGGAAGAAGGAGGACGAGGAGAAGAAGUCCGAGGACCUGUCCAAGCUGCCCAUGACUGAGGAGCAGCGCGAGCUCCAAGAGAAAGCCAAGGAGUUCCUGAAGAAGAAGGGAGAGGAGACUAAAAAGCGCAAGUACGAGUACAACAGUGGCAGCAGCUCUAGCUCCGGCUCGUCCGACAGCGACGAGCCGGACGAGCCGAGCGAGCCAGCGCCGCCGGGCGCUGAGAACGGCGCCAAGGCCGAGCCGGCGGCUGAGGCCGAUCCGGAACCGGAGCGGGAGCCGGUGCCGGAGCCUGACCCGGGGUCUGAGCCGGAGGCGGAGCCGGAGCCUUUGCCAGUGCCGGGGACGGAGACGGGGGCGGAGCCGGGGUCGGAGACAAAACCGAAGCUUGACGCUGAACCGACCGCCGCGGAGCCGGCGCCGGCUGCCGACGGGGCCGAGAAGGCGCGCCGCGAGGAAGACGGCGAAAAGCCGACCGAUGAUAACGCCAAGGAUAAGGUCAAGGAGGAGCCGCGGCCACGUCCGCUGCACAAGACCACCUCCAUCUUCCUGCGCAACCUGGCACCUACCAUCACCAAACAAGAGGUGGAGGCGAUGUGUCGUCGGAACCCGGGCUUCCUGCGCGCGGCCAUCGCCGACCCGCAGCCGGAGCGGCGCUGGUUCCGGCGCGGCUGGGUCACGUUCGAGCGGCAGGUCAACAUAAAGGAGAUCUGCUGGAACCUGAACAACAUCCGGCUGCGGGACUGUGAGCUGGGGGCCAUCGUGAACCGGGACCUGUCGCGACGCGUGCGCACGGUCAGCGGCGUCACGUCCCACAAGCAGGUGGUGCGCGCCGACAUCAAGCUAUCGGCGCGCAUCAUCCAGAACCUGGACUCGCGCUACCAGCUCUGGCCUGACCCGGACACCGAAGAAAAGGACAAACAGCCGUCGUACGGCGUGUCCAGCAAGAACCCUAUCCUGCGCAACAUCACCGACUACCUGAUCGAGGAGGCGUCGGCCGAAGAGGAGGAGCUGCUGGGCGUCAGCGCUUCCAGUCAGGAGGAGGCCGGUCCGGCCGGGCCCGACACGAUCGAGCGCGACGACGAGCUGAUCAAGGUCUUGGACCGUCUGCUGCUCUAUCUGCGCGUGGUUCAUUCAGUCGACUACUACAACCACUCUGAGUACCCCAACGAGGACGAGAUGCCGAACCGCUGCGGCAUCAUCCACGCCCGCGGCAUGCCUCCCAGCUCCAAGGUGACCAGCACCGAGGUGCAGGAUUACAUCUCGUCGUUUGAGAACAAGAUCGGCUCGUUCCUGCUGCCGCUGACGCGCUGGGUCGACGACGAGUGCCGGAAGAACGGCCUGAUUCUGAAGGAUCCUGAGGAUGAGGUCGAGAAGUUCGUGCAGGCCAACACUCAGGAGCUGGCCAAGGACAAGUGGCUCUGCCCGCUCAGUAACAAGAAGUUUAAGGGUCCCGACUUCGUGCGCAAACACAUCUUCAAUAAGCAUAAUGAAAAAGUGGAGGAAGUGAAGAAAGAGGUGGAGUUUUUCAACAACUACCUGCGCGACCCGAAGCGGCCGCAGCUGCCGGACCAUCCGUCGGCCAAGGCCGGCGGCGGGGCCGGGCCCAGCCGGAAGGAGGAGCCGCCGGCGCAGUUCCACGUGGGCCCGUACCCGCAGCCGGGGCCGCCGCCGCCGCACCACGGGUACGGCGGCUACGGCGGCUACCAGCGGCCCCCGAUGUAUGGCAGCUACCAGCCGCCGCCGCCGCGCGACCCGUACUACCGCGAGCCAUACCUGCCGCCGCGGGACGCCUACCCGCGCCCGCCGCGACCCUACGGACGCCGGGACCCGCGGAGGAUCGUCGACUACCAGGACCUGGACGCGCCGCCCGACGUUGACUUGUUGUAAUUCCCACAGCUGCUGCGGCCACGCACGUCAGGCCGCUGAGCAGCU